AUGGGGCAUACCUCUGCAUGUGGGCUCUUUCCUUUGCCUCGGCCAGAUGCUCUGCCGAAGCUGAAGGGCUAUGGUCGCCGCUCCCAACACCGAGCUGCGCGAAGAGUCCGAAUUCGUGAUGAUUUGAGGGAGGCAAUUGCCUCCUUGAAUUGGAUGCAUGUGGGUGACUUCGAUGCUCCACCUUCGGCCGCUCAUCCUCUCCAACGAGAAGUUUUGUGCCGCCUAGAAGCUUUGGUGGAACGGGCGGAUGAUCUGGGUGACCAUGGUCAUUUGCCGUCACUGGAGGCAGCCUAUGGUGAGCUGCUCCGAGGCAGAGAUGGUUAUGCCGAGCCAUCGACGCCGGCCUCGUUAGCGCCCUACAACCUCGAGCUCGUGUCCCUUCCAACUGACCUUUGUGACGCUCCUCGUGCUGAGGAACUGUUGGAGGAGGCCGACCGUCGAUACCUGCAGGGGCAAGAGCGUAUGUUACGGGAAAUCCCCAAGGAAGACAGUGAAGUCAUCAAGCCGUAUUGGGAUCCUGCCCUCAGACAUAACCCAGGUAGAUAUCGCAAGUUUAUUCAGCGUUUGAAUGACAUCAAGUACCUUGAUUUCACUUUGUCCCCUUCACAGCAUGCUGGAGUGUUUUUUGUUUGGAAAAGUGAUGGGAAACGUAUUCGCAUGAUCGUAGAUGCAAGACCAGCCAACGCAGAGUUUGAAGAGCCACCCGGCAUCUCUUUGCCAACCGCUGAGACCUUUGCAAAGAUUGAGAUGGAGACACACAUGCAUGAUGGUGAUGACCCGGAACUAGGCAUCUAUGCAGGUCUCUCAGAUGUCCGUGAUUGUUUUCAUCGCAUCAAGCAGCCUAGAUGGCUGUCGAAGUACUUUUGCUUCCUUCCAAUCGAGGCCAAGCAUGUUGGGCUCACCGGAACUGUGCUGGAGGGCCACACUCUCAGCUCGAAUGACUUGGUGUUCCCGAUGCCGGGAUCACUGUGUAUGGGGUUCAGUUGGUCAUUGUUCUUUGCUCAACGCAUCAACGAGGUGGUCAUGAGAAGAGUGAGCAGUUUAUCAUAUUCUACUCUAAUCCACGAUCGAGGUGGGCCAGCGGUUUUUGGUGACCACCUCCCUGAUGAAUUAAAGCACUUUGUCUAUGUGGACAACCUCGGGGUGAUGUCAACCGACCGCCAGGCCGUCAGUGGAGCAUUGGAUGAUCUGGUUGGCAAGUUCACCCAGGAGAAAUUGCUUCUCCAUCCAGGCGAGAUACAGCAUGAGUGCAUCAAAGCGCUUGGUGUGCAACUGGAUGGGCAGAACCUCUUCUCCUCACUUAGCCCCGACAGGUAUCACCGCGUUCGUCAAGGGCUACGUUGUCUUCUAAGACGAGGUCGAUGCAGUGGUCGGGUCCUUGAGAUACUCAUCGGUCAUUGCGCUUAUUGUGGUUUGAUGAAUAGGGCUUUGCUUUCAGUUUUCCACAACGUUUACAAGUUCAUCCAUUCCCACCAUGAUCACCCAGCAACUCUUUGGAAUAGCGUCAGGGCGGAGCUACGGGCAUUCUGCGGCCUUAUGCCGCUGAUUGCUUCUGACUGGUGCCGGCCUUGGAAUGAGUUGGUGCCAGUGUCCGACGCCAGUGAAGAGGGCUUUGGGGUUUGCGCAGCUGUCUGGACAUCUUCUCAGGCAGCAGCAGUUGGCAGGGUUUCUGAACGAGACCGAUUCAAGCGUGCCGGGAGCCACAGUGCCAGAGAGACGGCGCUGACUUCAGCGGGGUUUGUCAAAGACGAGGUGUCGGGCAAGUGGGCCGAAGGUAUCCUCGAUGAUGAGGAGUACCUCAAGCUCAGUGGCUGGGACCUCAGAACUGACUUUCCAGAAGUCCCCGCUCACAAGCUCAGAGAGGGAAGUUGGCAAACCGUUCGGCAAGGCAGGUGGAAGAAGCACGAGCACAUCGUGCACUUGGAAGCCCGGGCCUUGGUGAAAUCUUUUGAGUACUUGGUUGAAGACACCCAUUCAAAGGACUGCAGACAACUCUUUUUAGUGGAUUCAAUGAGUGCGGCAUUGGCAUUCGAUAGAUGCAGAAGUCGCAACUUCAAGAUGCUGAGACAGAUCCGAAAGUUUUGCUCCUAUGGGUUGGCUCGAAACAUUUCGUUUUCAGUGCGGACCUCCUCGCUCCAGCGGACAGACCCAACAGUUUCUCUGCUGAAGAAGCCGUCCUUCUUGCCACCCAGCCUAGAGUCUUUGGUCAAAGGCAUGGACAAGCUCCCGCAACCGCGGAAGCAGAUGGAGCCCGAUCUCGAGAGUGCCGCCAGUUCCUCGAGUUCAGAACCUGCCAGGGAUGUCAGAACCAAGGCACUGGCGAAGCGAAGUCGAGGCAGGCUUCAGAAGUAUGUGCAAGAGGCCAUGGAGGCAAAGUCCAUGGGUCUCAGCUUGUUAGAAAAGAAAGCCAUUGGGGACCGGAGCGCCAAGUACUACCAAGAGGAGUACAAGCAGUUGCUCAUUUUUGCCAAGACGCGGAAGCUGAUGAUGACUCUCCCACGCGAACUGGAUGCAACCCUUGUGGAGUACUUCAACGACCUUUUCAUGAGGGGUCACCCAGCGCAUCGGGGGGACAAAAUCAUCGCCACCGUGAUGCACCACCAGUCCGAGUACAGCAAGCUGGGAUCCAGUCGGCUGCCGCGAGCCUGGCGAUGUCUCAAAGGCUGGAGGCGCUUAGCGCCAGGAACCUCGAGGAAAGCCUAUCCCCUAGGCGUGUGGUGUGCCAUCGCCUUGGAAUUGAAGAGGCUGGGGCAUCUUCAGAUGGCAGUCUUUACGCUGGUGGGCCUCUCUUCGUACAGCCGUCCUUCAGAACUGCUGAGAUGCAGGGCCUUCAGCCUGGUGAAGCCGUCGCCAGGGAUUACAGAGUUUUGGAGUCUUUUGCUGAAUCCAGAAGAAAGGAUGGAUCGGUCGAAAGUCGGCGAGUUCGACGACAGCAUUGCCCUCGACUCUCCUUGGAUGAGGCCUUGGGCAGCAACCCUGCUGAAGCCGCUCGCCAGCCAGGGCGCCGACCUCCCCUUGUGGAACUUCAACUACUCCCACUACUUCAAGGUUUUCUCCCAGGUGACAGAGACUUUGGGGCUAGACAUGACACCAUAUCAGAUGAGGCACAGCGGGCCUUCAAUAGAUCGCUCAAGAAACCUGCGGUCUCUUCUCGAGGUCCAGAAAAGAGGAAGGUGGCGGUCGCACAAAAGUGUGGCCAGAUACGAGAAGAGUGCUCGCCUGGCCGCAACCUUCCAGAUGCUUCCACCACCUCUCCAACAUCAUUGCCUCCUCGCAGAAAGACAGCUCGGGGAUGUGAUGUUGGGCCGGGCCCCCGCCUUGCGUCCACCUACAAAAGCAAAGGGCUGA